GUUCACAAUUUUUUUUAAUUUUUUAAUUAAUUGUUGAUCAUUAAAUUUCAUGACUAUUCAAAUAGUUAGAGAAUCAUAUGGUCAACGGAAAUUGUUAACAUCGACAUCUUCCGUCCGCGUGGCAUUUAUUUGAUCUUACUUUUGCUGAUAUUCGUAAAGAUGCAUAAUUUACGGUAUACACCGCCAUUAAAAUUGUGAAUGCCGUUAUCUAUACUGGCAAGAAACAGUUACUUAAAAGUAGCAAUUCUUUUUUCUCAGUACAAUUAGUGAAGUAGUGAAGGAACAUUAAAAAAAUCUUAUGUUUUUAAAGUUGUCUAAAAAUAUCAUAUUUUCAAAAUAUUAGUAGUUAAUUACUCAAAUAAUGGGAUAUUUAAAAUCUAUCGGUACCGUAAUAAUUUAUAUCGGUUUUUUUUUAACUGUUAUUACCUUUCUACCGGGUAUACCUCCAGAAGUAGAAGUUUCCGAAUAUAGCAUAAAAUAUCCAAAUACACAAACUGAAUUUAAAAGUCGAUUAGAAGAAAUAGAAAUAUUGUUUUCUGGAGAAGUUAAUGGUCCGGAAGAUUUUGCUUCAUUUAAUGGAAAAAUAUAUACUGGUAUAUAUGGAGGUUAUGUUGUACAAAUUGAAGAAAAUCUUAUUAAACCACUUGUAAAAUUUGGUCAAAAGUGUGAUGGUUUAUGGCAAGAAGAAAAAUGUGGUAGACCUCUUGGUUUAAAAUUUAAUGAUAAAGGAGAACUAUUUGUAAAUGAUGCUUACUAUGGUAUUUUUAAAGUAAACAUUAAUACACGAGAAUAUAUAAAUAUAGUCAAUAGUUCUGAACCUAUUGAUGGAAAAAUUCCAAAAAUAGUCAAUUCAUUGGAUAUAGCAAAGAAUGGCGAUAUUUAUUGGACGGAUUCAAGUACAGACUUUUAUCUUUAUGAUGGAAUGUAUUCAAUUUUAGCUAAUCCAUCAGGAAGACUUAUUCGAUAUAAUGCAGCAACAAAAAAAAAUGAAGUACUACUGAAGAAUUUAGGAUUUGCAAAUGGUAUUUUAUUAAGUGAUGAUGAAAGUUUUGUAAUUGUAUCAGAAUCUAUUAGUUCACGUAUUAUUAAAUAUAAUUUAAAAGGUUCAAAAGCUGGACAACAAGAAAUUUUUGCAGAAGGUUUACCUGGUGUACCUGAUAAUAUAAAUAGUGAUGAGCAAGGAGGCUUUUUAGUAUCUUUGAUAAUCUUAAUAGAUUCUAAUAAUCCUUAUUUAAUUCAAUCUCUUAUACCUCAUCCAUAUAUACGAAAAAUGUUAUUGAGAUUAUUUUAUUUAAUAGAAGCUCCAUUUAAAUUAUUACAAGAUAUUUAUCCAAAUUAUUAUUCUGAAAGAGUGUUACAUAUAUUAGGUUCAUUCAAUGUAGCAAAAUAUAUACAACCAAACAGAACUUCAGUAAUUCUUAGAAUGGAUAAAACAGGAAAAAUUUUGGAUACUUUAUUCAUAAAGAAUGUUUCUGAUAUAUCUUCUGCUCAUAUAUAUAAUGGUUAUUUAUGGCUUGGUUCUCCUUGGAAUGAGUAUAUUAUGAGGAUUUCAUUAAAACAAGUAUUUCCAAAUUUAGCAGAUAAUAAGAAAUCUUUAGAUAUAAAAGAAGAGAAACAAGAAAAACCAUUUUUAACAGUUUCGACUACACCAAAUGUUAAAAUAGAAGCAAAAUCUAGAAAAUUAACUGGUAAACAAGAAGAAGUUAUAAAAUCAUCUCUGAAAUCAACUAUUAAAGCACAAACAACACAAAAAUCAAAUUCAGAUGCAACAAUAUCAAAAUCAACAACACCAAAAUCUAUAAAUCAACAAUCUAGCAGUAUCUCUUCAAAACCAUCACCAUCAUCAUCAUCUUCAAAAACAUCAAAAGAAGUUAUGAAAGAUAAUUUAAAAAUUGAAAAAGAUGAUUCAAAGGAAAUUAAGAAAGAUAAUUUUAACUCACAAAUUAAAUCUGAAACAUCAAAAAAAGUUUCAAAUGAAAUUAAAAAAGAUAACUCCAAAUCACAGACUAAACAUGAAAUAUCAAACAAAGAUAAUGAAGCAAAAAUGAAAUCAAAUCAGCCUGUUAAAAAAGAUAUUCAUGAGACUCAGUUUGGAAAAUCUAAAUUUGUAAAAAAAGAUGAUAAUUCCAAUAAGAAGUAAAUCAAUGUGUAUAAUUUGAGAUAUUUAAGUUCAAAACUGCAUUAUAUUAAUUCUUCCAUGUUAAAAGUUCUACAUUUCAAACAUAUCGACUUAUUUGUUAUAUUUUAUAAAAUUUAUAAUGUAUAAGGUUAUGUUAGUGUUAUAGAAUUUAUUUCUUAUUUAUAUUUUUCCAACAAUGUUAAAAGAAAUAAUAUUAUUUUAUUGUAUAUUAAUUUUAAUAUAAUUGAAAAAUGUGUUAGAGACACAAUGAUUUAGGUUUGUAUAUAAAAUUGAAAAUAUCA